GGGUCGCAAGGUGGUCUUCUAGUAAUCUCUCUUGCGGCAAUAUCAAAAAAAGAAAGAAAAAAUCUUGAGCUUUAGGGGAGGAUAUCUCUCGCUUAAAAAAAAUCAGAUUUUUGGAGGGAUAUUUGUUCUCUAGCCAAUCCUUGGAAUUAGCCGGAAAACAUGGCAGGUCGCCACUUCUUAAUAUGGCUUAUCUCCAUUGGCUUCUAUUGUUCCAUGGUGGAAGGCCUUGGAGUGAACUGGGGGACGUUGGCCACGCACCCACUGCCGCCGAAUAUCGUGGUCCAGCUCCUGAAGGACAACGGGAUCAAUAAGGUCAAGCUGUUCGAUGCCGAUGCCAAAAUGAUGAGCGCACUGGCCGGGAGUGGGAUAGAGGUGAUGGUCGCCAUUCCCAACAAUCAGCUCGCCGCCAUGAACGAUUACACCACCGCCAAGGAGUGGGUCAGAAAGAAUGUCACUCGGUACCAUUUCGAUGGAGGUGUAAACAUUACAUAUGUAGCAGUUGGAAAUGAGCCGUUCCUGAAAUCUUACAACGAUUCGUUCUCGAAUGUGACUUUUCCUGCACUGCAGAACAUCCAAAAUGCGCUCAAUGAGGCAGGGGUUGGUGACAGUGUAAAGGCCACCGUUCCACUCAAUGCCGAUGUUUAUGAAUCCCCUGCAGGCAAUGCAGUUCCAUCGGCAGGAAGAUUCCGAUCAGAUAUCAAUGAUGUCAUGACUCAGAUUGUCCAGUUCUUCAACCAGAAUGGCGCUCCCUUCACCGUUAACAUAUAUCCUUUCCUAAGUCUGUAUGGCAACGACAACUUCCCUUUGGACUUCGCUUUCUUCGAUGGAGCGAGCCCGCCCGUUGUUGAUAAUGGGAUUGAAUACACCAAUGUGUUCGAUGCCAACUUCGAUACUCUGGUCUCUGCUCUGAAUGCAGUUGGACUGGGUAAUCUGCCGAUCAUUGUUGGAGAGGUUGGAUGGCCAACCGACGGUGACAAAAGUGCCGAAGCAUCCUAUGCCCAGAGGUUCUACAAUGGCCUUCUGAAGCGUCUGGCAGCAGGCCAAGGAACACCUCUCCGCCCCAACCAGUACUUGGAAGUAUAUUUGUUUGGCUUGCUCGAUGAAGACGCCAAAAGUGUAGCUCCAGGAAACUUCGAACGCCAUUGGGGGAUCUUCAGGUAUGAUGGGCAGCCCAAGUUCCCUGUCGAUCUUUCUGGCCAGGGACAGAAUAAGAUGCUUGCGGCAGCGAAGAACGUGGAGUAUUUGCCUCAGAAGUGGUGUGUUUUCAAUCCAGAUGCCAAAGACCUAAGCAAGCUAGCAGACAACGUCAACUUUGCUUGCACUUUCUCUGAUUGCACUUCACUUGGCUCUGGGUCUACGUGCAGCAACUUGGAUGCCAAUGGCGGUGCCUCCUAUGCCUUCAACAUGUACUAUCAAGUUCAGAACCAAGACGACACGAGCUGUUUUUUCCAAGGUCUCGCUAUGGAGACAGCACAGGACCCCUCAACAGCAGAUUGCAAGUUCACUGUGCAGAUCAAAACAUCUGCUUCAGCAUCCUCUUUUCCACCAUUGCUUAUGGCGUUUGUUUCGUUGCCCCUUGCAUUCUUCUUGCUUUAGUUCAUGGAAUUAAUUUCAAAGGGAUGGAAUUCCUUAUUUAUCAUUUUGGUUUCAAACUCUUGGGAUGUAUAUGAUCUCGUUUCCUGUUUCUGGACUGCUGCUGUACAUUAAAUGUUGACUUCGA